AUGAACUCAUACGUUGCGGUAUCCUGCCUCAUGGCAUUGGCUGCCUGCGUCUCAGGUUCGGCGAUACCAGUGGUUAACUACGCCCCGAUCGCCGUCGUCGACAAAAUCGCCCAGUGGGAGACCAGGCACGGCGACGUGGUGCAGGGCGAGUACUCGCUAGUCGAGCCCGACGGGAACAUACGCUUGGUGCAGUACACCGCCGACGCGGUGCGAGGAUUCAACGCAGUGGUGAAGAAGAGCGGGCCCACCAUCCACUCUGUGUCUUUGCCUGCUGCGCAUGUAGCUGUCGCUCCAGUUAUUGAACCCGCACCUAUCACCGAAGUAGUGCACGACGUUGCACCUAUUGUACCCGUGAAAGAGAUUGCACCGAUCGCCCCACUCGCUCCUAUCGUCCCCAUAGAUCACGCGCCAGUUCUGACUCCAAUCAUCGACACAGCCCCCAUAUUAGCCCCUCUCCCGUACGACCUGCACCUACCGAUGCCCCUGCUGCAUCUCCCGGAGCCAGGACCCUUGGUCUCCCUCACCGGAACAACGUACGGCUCCAAAGGCAACAUCGUCCGAAGAUGGACGGCCGGACCGAUCUCAUUGGACGGCAAAACCCUCACGAUUAGAACUAAGAAACAUUAG